AUGACUAGCUCUUUCCUUUUCAUGCUAUCAAAAACCCUUCGUGCAGACUCGAGUUCCCCACAUUUCCCGUACAUAUUAAUCAAAGCAGAACCAAUAUAUGAAUUAUACUCCAACCGUUUCUCAACAACAUACCCCUCAAUCCAUCUUCCCAGGCUGAGGUCCCCCAAAUCACCACAGGCAGCAAGCACGCUCACGAGCGUCAUCUCAUCGGGUUCAAAUCCAUCAUUCCUCAUCUCUCCAAACAUUUCGACCGCCUUCCGUGCAAACCCUAACCUCGAGUAUCCCGAUAUUAUCGAGUUCCAUGAAACCAUAUCCCGAUCAGUUCCGAGCACAAUCCAUCUCUCUGCAGCGCGAGUACAUCGUGAUCAAAGAAUGAACCACGUGGAAAUCCGCUCGCAGCCCAGAUUUCACAACCUCGGAAUGGACAGUUUCCCCCAUUCUCAGGGCUGA